CAAUGAACUGAGCCAUGUUCAAAUCCCUGUUAUGUUGAUGCCAGAUGAUUUCAAAGCAUACUCAAAGAUAAAGGUGGACAAUCACCUUUUCAACAAAGAAAACAUGCCAAGUCAUUUCAAAUUUAAGGAAUAUUGUCCAAUGGUUUUCCGUAAUCUAAGAGAGAGGUUUGGAAUUGAUGAUCAAGACUUUCAGAAUUCCUUGACAAGAAGUGCACCACUUGCCAAUGAUUCCCAAGCGCGCAGUGGUGCCCGCUUUCAUACAUCUUACGACAAAAGAUAUAUCAUCAAAACUAUAACAAGUGAAGAUGUAGCAGAAAUGCACAACAUACUGAAGAAAUACCAUCAGUUUAUUGUGGAGUGUCAUGGGAAUACACUUCUUCCCCAGUUUUUGGGCAUGUAUCGGCUUACUGUUGAUGGAGUCGAGGUAUAUAUGGUUGUUACGAGAAAUGUGUUCAGCCAUCGUUUAUCUGUUUAUAGAAAAUAUGAUUUAAAGGGCUCUACUGUGGCUCGAGAAGCCAGUGACAAAGAAAAGGCCAAAGAGCUGCCGACGUUCAAAGACAAUGAUUUUAUUAAUGAUGGCCAAAAAAUUCAUAUUGAUGAGAACAACAAAAAGAUGUUCCUUGAAAAACUCAAGAAGGAUGUUGAGUUUCUUGCUCAGCUAAAACUCAUGGACUACAGCUUGCUCGUUGGCAUUCAUGAUGUGGAAAGAGCUGAGCAGGAAGAAGUAGAGUGUGAAGAGAACGAUGGAGAAGAUGAAGGCGAGAGUGAUGGCACCCACCCUAUCGGAACCCCUCCAGACAGCCCGGGAAACACACUCAACAGCUCACAGCCUUUGGCUCCAGGCGAAUUUGAUCCAGCUAUUGAUGUUUAUGGAAUAAAAUCCCAUGAAAAUGCACCUCGGAAGGAAAUCUACUUUAUGGCCAUUAUUGACAUUCUUACUCAUUAUGACGCAAAAAAGAAAGCUGCCCAUGCUGCAAAAACAGUUAAGCAUGGGGCUGGUGCCGAAAUCUCCACGGUUAAUCCUGAACAGUAUUCAAAGCGCUUCUUGGACUUUAUUGCCAACAUCUUGACGUAACCCAUCAUGUUACACGGGACAGACACAGGACUUGGGGACAGCAGCAGUGGCUACAAGGGUAGGGAAAAAAGGAACUCA